GCGAUCCUGCGGUCGUUAUUGAUCUGUCAGUGAUGGCAGCGGCCCCGGGAGCCAUCGCGGCGGCGAUGGUCUCCGCCGGUUCUGUCCGCUCGGCGCGCUGCUUGAGAGCAAUCGGGCGCGCCACUGCUGCUGUCCACGUAGGAUGUUCAUCGCCGGGAUGCUGCCACGUGGCGUCGCUUGGCCUGAGCUCGAAGCGCUGCUCCUUCAUGGCCACCGGCUUGACACGUGUCUUAGCCGGCAAAGCCCGCGGACUUUGCCUUUGGAGCGCCGAUCCCCGCCUAUCGCUAGAAGAGGGGGCUUGGCAGAGUGAAGUUCACAGCAGCAGCAGCAGCAGCAGAAGGAGCAGGAGUAGAGGUCAGGCAGUGGCUGCUGCAAAGCCAAAGCCACAGAACAGAAGACGGCUUAGGAAAGGUCGGGCUCGGGAUGAAGCGGUUGGGAUCCCGACUGAUACGCCGGUAUCGGGCGACAAGAAUAAGACGGCCAGCGAAGAGGUGGCAGAUCUGCCAUCGAUGAUGCCGACGUGGCCAUCUGAGCCGUUGGAUGGGCUCAGGAGGCUCAGGAGCUCAUCAUCGUCUGAGCCGUUGGAUGGUAGGGGGCUCUCCUUCUCUUCAGGGAGGCUAAUAGCUCCCAGUGACAAGAAGGAUUUUGAUAGGCUGCAGCUGCCGGACAUGCAUCUCCCUUACAAUGAGGAUGAUGAUGAUGAUGACGAUGAUGAUGAUGAUGAUGAUGAUGAUGAUGAUGAUGGGUUUGCGAGAAAUCUGGCUAUGGCGCAGGCAGGAGGAGGAAGAAGAAAAAGGAGACAAGAAGAUGGGGAAGAAGAGAAGAAAGGAAACAUAAGAGGAGCAGCAGAUGAGAUGGCAACGAAGACCGGAGAGGAUGACGUGGCAGCAGGGGAGCUGCCCACAUUCAGUAGGGAGCGGAUCUUGGGGGCGUGCACAAUCACCUCGGGAGCUAUGGCUGUUGCAGGUCUCAUAGGUCGUCAGGUGUCUCAUUGGGCAGCUUUGAAGCCCUCCAAUGUCCAUUUACAUGAUUGCAUCACACUGAUGCCCUUUAAUUUCUCCCUAUUACAUACUGUGGAGGCUCUUGGCCUCGCCAUAGCUGUAUCGGUUUGCAGGGAGCUGGUAUUGUCCUUAUGGCCGGAAUUUCGAGACGCAUCCGAGAGAUCCAACAAACAGGUGCUGAGUCCGCUGGCGUCCUGGGACCUGGUUGUUGUCUCCUUUCUUCCGGGAUUUGGUGAGGAGGUCCUGUUCCGCGGAUUCCUUCUUCCAGCAGUGCAGGCUGAUUGGCCUGGAAUUCUUCUGACUGGCGCAGUGUUUGGCUUUCUUCACAUCAGCGGCGGACGGAACAUCUCAUCCGCAAUCUGUGUUUCCACUUGUUCUUUGACGUUUGCCAAGCUGAUUCCACUGUUGUCGUAGUCAGGGUAGUCAGGUUAGUUCAAUACAAUCUAAUCAGUCUACAGGAGAGAUAGCUUGGACUUCGUGCAACUCUGAAGGUCUGGAAAUGGAUCAGUCUAAAUCAGUCUUAGACUUGUUUAGUCAGUCUUCUUUGUAAAUUCACAAACUGAGACGUUUAGUCAGUCUUCUUUGUAAAUUCACAAACUGUCUCAGUUUGUCUUUCUACUUAGGCCCCUUCCUGGUCUAGGUUGAGUUAUUUACGGGUCGGACUGGUUCCAGCUGCAUUCACAUCCUCUGCUUACAUUUCCCUUUUGUCCAGCUAUAUGCUAUUAUGCGUGCAGGGCAUUCAUUCCUGACUUCUAUAUUCUUUGAAAUUCAAAAUUUCAAAGAAUAUAAUAUAUAAUAUAUAAUAUAUAUUGUAUUGUUGUGUACCUAGAGAAAGAGGAAAUUUGGUUAUCUCACCCUUCUCACGCAUCAGCCGUGGGGGCAAGCUGGGCGCCAAAGUAGGUUGGAGAUUUUGCGGAAGGCCGUGGGAUGAGAGCGAUCUGUGGCUGGGAGUUCGGGCUAAGGGUUUCGUCAACGAAGUGUUCGCUGCGCACCAGCGAACGAGAGAAUGAAAGGAGGAAACAGAG